AAAAAUGAAUGUGGAAGAGGAAGAUCUAAUUUUUAUUAAAGGUAUUAAUUCUAAAUUAAUUUGAGCUUAACCUUUAUGGACUGGAUGUAGAAACACACCCUACUUAUUAAGAGCUGGAAUUAAUAUUGAUAAAUGUUUAAUUUGUAAUUGUAUUUUAAAAAUAAAAAGACAUCACAAAUUUAAGAUAAUCAUGGAUAUGUAAAUUGAACAAAGAUCGUAUUUAAAAAGAUAAGGAAUUAUACAAUAAAUCAAUAUAAACUACAAAUUUUUAAGGAGUGUUAGAUUUAUUAGAAUUAGCUUUAAAAUUUGAUCCAUCAGCAGAAUAUUCCUUUAAGUUGAAUGAGUCUUCCUUAUAUUACGGUUACAGUAAUGUUAUAAAGAUUUAUACUCUAACAUGGGUUUUUGAUUGUAAAGUUGUGGAUGAAUAAUAUCAUAACAAAAUAAUUGUUAAUGAUAUAGUAAAUCCUUUAUUAUUAACAAUCCAUUCUUUAGAAAAUAGAUGCAAUAAUUAUAAAUCUGCUUAUUCUUAAUUAGAAUAAGAUUACAUAAGAAGAUUGAAUGAAAAAGAAAGAGCUUAAUAUAAAGGUAGAGAUAAUGAUGAAGACUUGAGUAUAUAUAUUUUAGAUGAUUAAAUUGAUUAAGAAAAAGUUUGUUAAAUAAAUUUUACUCCAACCGCAAAUUAUUUUAUAUAAUAUUAUGCAUUAAAUAAAGUGAAUAAAGUAGUUUAAUAAAUGAAGAAGAGAUUACCAUAAUAAUAAAAUAAAAAUGAUAAUCCAUCUUCAAAUAUGAAAAAAAGUAAGUAAUAAAAAUUGAUUAUAUAGAGGAAUAGAUUUGGUAAAGUUAUGAAAAUACUUUAUAAGAUAUGUUUGAUGGAAAAGGAUAAUAAAUUUUAGAAAAUGACAAGAACGAGUCCAAAUAAGAUCGUAGUAAAAAUACAAAAAAAAAAGUUGGAUUUUUAUGA